GGAAGGGAAUUCUCCUUGAGGAUUUCUUCACGUCUACCUGGAAGGGAAUUCUCCUUGAGGAUUUCUUCACGUCUACCUGGAAGGGAAUUCUCCUUGAGGAUUUCUGCACGUCUACCUGGAAGGGAAUUCUCCUUGAGGAUUUCUUCACGUCUACCUGGAAGGGAAUUCUCCUUGAGGAUUUCUUCACGUCUACCUGGAAGGGAAUUCUCCUUGAGGAUUUCUUCACGUCUACCUGGAAGGGAAUCCUCCUUGAGGAUUUCUUCACGUCUACCUGGAAGGGAAUUCUCCUUGAGGAUUUCUUCACGUCUACCUGAAGAGACACAUACACUGUAGACUGGCCUUCCCUUCCUUUACACAUAUCCUGGCCACCCCUCAUAGCCUGGUUCCUCUCUAGGGUUCUUCCUAGGUUUUGGCCUUUCUAGGGAGUUUUUCCUAGCCACCGUGCUUCUACACCUGCAUUGCUUGCUGUUUGGGGUUUUAGGCUGGGUUUCUGUACAGCACUUCGAGAUAUUAGCUGAUGUACGAAGGGCUAUAUAAAAUAAACUUGAUUUUGAUUUUUUUUUUUUUAUCAAAAAGAAGACUGGCUGGAUGCAUCCCAAUUUGCACCCUUCUCCCUAAAUGUGUACUUGAACACUUUUUUGUUGUUGUUAAAUGGCUUAGAAUCAGGAUGCAUCCUCUAUGUAUGUCAAGAUUUAGAAUUUGGUUUUACUUUCUGAAUUAAUUUGAACUGAAAUGGAACUGACCCGAACCCCUGAUGCGUGUGUCAUGUCGUGCGACUUUUGCCGCGUGCAAAACAACAGGGAACUCUGAACAAUAUCAGGUCAAAUCAUGACGCCAGUGAUCUUCAGGUCGGGAAAGUCAGAGCUUCAGAAAGAGGCCUGAUAUUCCCGAGUUGGAAUUCCCGAGUUGGAUGACCGUUCAAAACUAUUUUAUCUCGUCGGAUCUCGCCCCCCCCACCCCCCACAGUUCCCAGUUGUUUUGAAUGUGGCAUUAACCUUCACUUGAUGCUACCAGUUAAUCCCCAAGAAGAGGGGUGUAAGUGUUGUCUGUGUAGUAGAUAGUGCUGCAGGCACACAUUUACCUUCAGCACUAGAGACACAUGAACAUGUUUCGAGACCCACAAAAAAAAAAAGAGCAUGACAUUUAUGUAUUUUUUCACAAUAAACAAUGUAGUCUACUUUCAGUUGUAUUACUGGUUUGUUUUUGUUAGAAGAAGUUUUAGAUGUUAUGAUUUUAAGACGGCUGAUUAUGUAAAUCCAACACACAGAGAUGUUGAUUAUAGCUGAGUGACACAGCUGACUCUGCUUUACUAAUCAGCAGCUCCGUGGGUUGUGUUCAUUGGGCACCAAACGGUUGAAAAUUGAAUAAAAACAGGGUGGGACUAUCCAACCUGUCCAAUAAGGAACACUAAUUUCCACUCCUCUUUGUAAAAAAAGUUUUAAAACAGUUUUCUGUUAUGUGUCCUAAUGAACACAACCCUGCUGGGUUUGCGACUCUUCUUCAGGCACAGUCGACCAAGAUGUCUUUUAUAAACACAGGACCAGGAAAAAUGGCGUCACAGAGAAAACACAGGCUGAACGCUCCCCAACCCCUGGCUCCAGUAGCCUACCUCUGUGUCCUCCUGGUCCUAACUGUGACCUCCAUGGGCAGUCAUAUUCCUAGUACCAGUCUGCUGUGUAACUUCUGCCCUCUACAGCACAAAGGAAGGUCCUGCAGUAACGAUUCCACCACCGAGUGUCUCCCGCAAGAGCGCUGUGGUACUAGUAGUGGGCGUUUCGGUUCCACUCACAUCCUGUCUGCACAGGGCUGCUUGACCCCUGACCUCUGUAACUCCACCCAUGCCGUGACCUACCGAGGGGUCAGCUAUAAUGUGACAUACAGGUGUUGCUGUAGUGCCCAAUGUAACCAGCCUCCAGCCUCUGAUACCUACAUUCAGAGGCUGUUAGGAGUGACGUCGGGGCACAGUGAGAAGCCUCCUACCGCGACGGACCCUCUGGAUAGAUGCCCUGGAGACGAGGACGUGGCGGAGGAUGACACCGUCACUCCGCUACAUGGAGAAUACAACAUGAAUUCCAUCUAUAAAGUCCUCUCAGAUCUCCAGGAGUGGCUAAAGAGUAGAGGCUAGGGGUCCAUCUGGAAUUCAGCCCUACUUGUCGCCAGGGGGCAGGCCUGUUAGCCACAGUCACUGCCCUCACCCUCAUACAAGGGAUGACACUUAUUCAAAUAGAUUUUAUUUCCUGUGUAAAUGUGCUUAUUUAUUCAAUUAUUUGUAAAAACUUACAUAAAUUGUAAUCUAUGUUUUAGUGAUGUUGCAAUAUGUUAAAAGCUGUAGUUCUCAGUGUGGUAGCUGGUGAACGGUGUGAAUAAAGAGAGCAUGUAACUGUC